AUGGACACCGUCGUACCCUUUAUCUUUGAAAACUUUGAUAUCCUUCUCACUGUAUCCUUUAUGCUUUAUCCCUUCCUUUCCGUCCUUUGGGAGUCUUUCACUGUAGGGGUCAAAAUAAAGCAUCAAAGAGCAAGUGAAACCGCAACUUUCCAGCGACUAGUAACCCAAGUUGAUCAAACUGCCAAAAAGAUAGACCGGCUUCAAUCUGAAACUGUUGCCAAGCGCCUGCUUGAAAAAAAUCAACUGGAUGCCAUGGUAGAAUCCAAUAAAACGUUGGGUCGCGAAAUUGACUAUCUCAGAAACACUGUUGAAGAAGAACAAACUGCCAUCAAGGAACUUGCCAAAUUCAUGUAUGAAAAGAAUCGCUUGGUGGAUGCUCUGGUCAUCAUUCUGAGGGAUCUUCAGCAAGGAUUGAGGAUGACCAACGGUGAUCAAGCCAUGUUGGCACAGCAGUUCAACAGCAUGUUUGUCGACGUCAAUGGUAUAAAGAGAGACACUCAGCUCAUAGAUGAUGCACUGGCUGAACUCAAGACCAGUGUGGCGAAGAAUGCAGAGACAAACACAAAGCAAUUCAAAGAUGUCUUGAUGAAGUUUGUCAACCAGCAAAAGUCAAGCGAUACUUUCAGGGCCAGGAUAGAAGGCGAACUCAAGACACUCAUGAGCAAUCCUCCUCCUGCUUGGGACACCAAUACGGACAUCAGUGCUCUCAAAGCGGAACUCAAACACACGAAGGAAUAUAUUAGUGUCAUGAGAGACAACUUUAUGAAUAACAGUUGUGAAUGUGGUUCUACCAUGAAGCCCAAGAUGAAGCAAUUCGAAGACAUGUUGAAAGAGCAGAGAAAGACAAUCAAAGACAUGUUUGAAGAUUAUCAUGAGUUCAAAGAUGAUUACUACAUGAGUGAGAAUGUCAAUGGUACUGCGAUUCAAAAGAUGAUGGAUACGUUGCACCAAUCUUAUGCUACUAGAGAAGAGAUCCAUGCUGCAUUCCAGCAAAUCAAUGAUGACAUGAACGCCGGCCAAUGCAACUGCAACUCUGCUAAAACUCCACAUCAACAACAAUAA